UAUAUAUAUAUAUAUUCGCUACAAAUAGUAGUCAAGCCAAUGGAAAUGGUCUUGAUCUUAACUUCCGAUUCACCAGAAAGAAAGUACUACGUUGUCGAGUUAUUCAAAUCACAAAUAUGGCGUCUUCCAAAGAAUAUCAAUAUGAACUCUUUGUACAAUUGAAUGACAUUACACAAGCUUCACAAACCGGCUCCUUGAAGAAGAUUGCAAAAGGUAUUAGUGCUGCCAGUCCAAAAGAAUCCUUCUCAUUUGAAGUAGAUAGUCCUUUUACUUUGACCUUUACCUUAUGUGCCAAACCUAUUUAUAGUGGAUUUUCAAGAAUGAAGACAUUUAUGUCCAAAAUGGAUCUUUCUCAUCACGUUACUGAUCAUCAAGGACUCAAAUCAACCAUAUCUGAUAACCACGAAAUUCAAUACGAUCAUCCUCCUCCAUUGGAAGCAUCCAUGCCUGUAGUUGGAUCAACCUGCUUACUCUCAGGGAAUCGAUUUGAAGCGUUUAGUGGUAAAGGACUUUCUCGAUACACAUUGACUCGACCAAUCAGUGAAAAACAGCUCAAGGAUUUACACGACAUGGACUUGGAAUUGAUGGUUGCUUUUCAAUUGGAAGAUGCAGUGUCACCUACGCAUACCUAUAUGUCUGGAUUAUGGACUGGGGAAUUGGACUUUGAUGCUGCUUUGGCAACUUGUAAUCAGGGCGAUUAUCUGACUUUUUAUGUACGAGGCAAGCAAUUUCCUACCUGGACAAGAUACUGGAUUACUUUGGAACAAGGCCAAUUAUAUCUUCGACACUUGUCCUAUGAGCACAAGGAACCUGUUGAAUCGAUACCUCUAAGUCAGUUAGAAUCUGUUUGCAAACCUUGGGAAGACAUUCAAGAACAAGUUUACUUUGGACGAAAACAUGGUAUUGUACUGAAAUUCACUCAAGAUCAUAUCCGAAUGGAACAAGUGAUUCUGGAGGAAGGUGAAUGCAUAGGUGGAUAUAUGUAUUUGUUUGCUGAUAGUCCAAAAAAGGCAGCUUUAUGGCGAACCGUGCUUAGUGCUUAUGCUACGGCAGAUUAUGUGACUCCAAAUGCUAGUAUCAAUGCUCGUUAUCUAUGGUGAAUCCCUCUUUCUUUUCAGUUUAUACUCUUUUUUUUUAGUUUUUAGGAUGUUUUUAUUUAUUUAUUUAUUUAUU